UCCUGGGCACUUGGCGCUGUCUCUGAGCACCACCAUGAAGCCACAUGGCCCUUUCCUCCUCCUGGGCUCCUUUGUCCUCUGGCCUGCGCUGCUGGCUGCAUCGCCCAAAGGGACCUCUGGAACGGCAUCUCUUUCCAAUGGGGGCGACACUGGGAGGCAGCAACAGAGCCAAGCCACACCCAAGGGUAAAGAUAAAGAAGCCCCCAGGACAAAACUUCUGUGUCUGUUGAUAAAGGACACUGAGCUGGCACAAAAGAACUGUUUGCCCAAAGGACACCUGGACAGCCAAGCUGCAGGCAGUGGGGAGAUUUUUUCUAAAGAGACACCCAUCUCCAAGGGAGGGGGCACCCUUCUUUCAAAGGAGUCAGCCUCUUCCCUUCUCUGCAAGAAGAAACCGCAGGCUGUGGACAAAACAGAACCUGGCUUUCCUUCUGGGAAUCCAGAACCUGUUGAAAGGUCCCCCGUGGGAUCAGAGGGAAACUUUUACACUGACAUGAAGCCUAAGCUGGGGGUGAGAGUCAUCUCUGGAGAGAAACCAGCACCAAGUGGGAAGCCUCCUUCAAAGGAGAAGCCCAUGUCCAUUGACAGUCUAAAUGUUGCUUCAAAGCCAGCAUUUCCCAGUACAGGAUGUAUCAACAAAAGAGACAAGACAAAACCUGGUGGGAAGCCAGGAACUGUUGAAAAGUCAGCUUCUAAUAUUCAAUAUGUCAUGCCCACAUCUGGUGACCAGCCAGCAUCGACUGAAAAGCCAGUUCCUAGUACUGGGCACACAACCCAUGGCACACCCCUCUCUAGUGAAAAGCCUGCAUUUGACAGGAAACCACUUUCUCCUGUUGGAGAUGUAGCUUAUGUGAUACCCACAUCUGGAGAAAAGCCAUCUGGACAAGUGGGUGACACCAAGCCUACUUCUGGAGAAAAGCCAACAUCUGGAGAAAAGCCAUCUAGACAAGUGGGCAACAUCAAGCCCACUUCUGGAGAAAAGCCAACAUCUGGAGAAAAGCCAUCUGGACAAGUGGGCAACAUCAAGCCCACUUCUGGAAAAAAGCCAACAUCUGGAGAAAAGCCAUCUGGACAAAUGGGCGACAUCAAGCCCACUUCUGGAGAAAAGCCAACAUCUGGAGAAAAGCCAUCUGGACAAGUGGGUGACAUCAAGCCCACAUCUGCUGAGAAACCAGCGCCCCAUGAAAAGCCAGAAUCUGGUGGGAAACCUGCAUCCGAGGAGAAGCCUAAACCUAAGGAACAACCGGAGAAGGAUGCUGGCAAUGGUGGUAAAGAUGAGGACGACGACAUUUUUGAUGAUGAAGAUGAUGAUGAUGGUGACGACGAGGGUGGCAAUUCCAAUCCCAGUGGAGGGAACAAUGACAGAGAUGAAGAUGCCUUUGACAAAGAACUUGAUUACGGACUAAACAAGUCCCCUUUCAAUGCUUAUGAGUAUCAUGAUUCGUGGAGCAAUGACAACUCUGAAGAUGGACGUUGGUUUUGAGAAGGUGGAGGGGGGCCCUCCUGAGGAAGGUGGUGGCUUCAGGGAUGGGGAGCUUGUGUUUAAUGCAUGGGGAGACACACCCACCGUGAAGCAACCUGGACCUGAGCCACAGCCCAGUAAGCCUUUUUCUGAACCAGGCCCAGUUGGGGAUGGGAAGGAGGAAGGAGGUGCUGGGAAGCGGGGCUCAGAGGCAGCACCUUCAGGGCCUGACACGUAGUCUUCUGAAGUGCUGAAGGGGAGCUGCUUACACCCACCUUCUUGGGACCCAAAGCACUUCAGCCCUUUGUCCUGCUUGAAAAUGGCUUUUGCUGCCAUUAAGUCUAAUCUUUGGGAGCUCUAGAUUUUCUCUGUGGCUUAAUCAACAGUGGCCAGAGUGCACAGUAUGUCUACAGGUUACCAGGUGCUGCACUCUGGGCAGAGAAUUCAGGGUUCGUCUGGCUUACCGUGUGCCUGACUUUGCAUCCUGCGUUCCUGCUUUUUUAGGUCGAGGGAAUCUGUCCUGGUGGGUUAGCCACCCUCUUCAUGGCUGUCACCCAUGUCAGAUAGGUCAAUGUUCCUGAGGGAGUGUUCCCGUCUUGUGGGAUGUCACUAGAGUCUAGUGGGUGAUGCUCAAGGCUGCAAGAAUGGCUCAAUGUGGGGAGGGGUGUUCCAAGGGGGACUCUGUAGCUCUGUCCCCAGAAACCUCCCAGCUGGGCUUGAAAUGCCUCUGCAGGAGCUUUUCAGAGCCCAGUCCGCUGGCAGGUCCUUGCUGCUGAAGAACGUCCUUGGAGACUAUGCACCCAACAUUCACAGACCCCCCCUUAGUAUUUCAUAUCCCACAGGGCUUUCUUAAAUCAUGGAGGACCCCCCCCCCGCUCUGGGCCAUUCCCUCUUGACCCAUGUAGGAUGAGAUGGCUGGAGGACUAAAGGUGUUCGGUGUAUUGAUUUUCUUCAACAAUCUCUAGGCCAGGGGUAGCCAAUGAGGUGCCCUUCACAUGCUGCUGGACUACAGCUCGCAUCAUCCCUAAAUAUACUGGCUAUGCUGAAGGAUGUUAUAUUUCAACCAUGUCUAGAGGGCACCAUGUUGGUGGCUACCCUAGCUCUAACCCUUUGGAGCAGCCCUUGUUGGCACAUUGUGCAGCAACUAACCACCAGGGGGCAGCAUUGUCAAGCCACUGUAAGUGCACCUUUUCACCAAUGAUUAAAGGAGCUUUUCACUCUGUCUGGAAA